AUGGCUCUCUUCGAGAUUUUUUCUCAUUCGGAUCGAUUUCAUUACCGAGCGAAAUUAUGUUCAUUGGCGACCUGUUUUCUGGUUCUUUGUACAAUUUUAACCUUUCUACCGCCAUUUCUAUUUACUUACUAUGCCGAAGGAUUCUGGAUUAAAGAAGCUAGUUACAGCGAAAAACCGCGUGUGAGCUAUACGAAUUUCGUUCUUAAUGUCGGACAGGUUGUAGCAACAAACCCAUACUUUGCUUCGUCUUACGCAUCGUUGAAUACGAUUUUUCAAUCGAUUUCGAUCGCUGGAACAACGGCAAUAGCGACCAAAACUGACAAUGGAUUUUCUCUCACUCUUGAAUUACCUUUUCAAAACAGUAAUAUUCAAAUUCGUUAUAUCAAUUUGUUACUAAUACUUCAAUAUGAACUACGAGGAAGACAAUUGAUUCAGAUGGAAACACUGGGAUUGAUUAAUCUCUACUCUCCAGGUACGAUUAAUAACGCGAGAGUAACUGCAGUUGGUGAUUUAAUACUCCAUCAACGCGUUCCAUUCCAAAGUUCAGGUGUUGAUGCCAGAUACAAUGAUUCAGUUAUCGAUUUAGAUUAUAUAUUAGACACAUCGUCUAUGGAUGUAAAUUCGAUCACCGAGAAUUACUUUACUCGAAACUAUUAUACAACAUUUCAACCGUAUCAGACCAAUUGGGAAGAUCGGACAAGUAGUGGAACUGGAAGAAUAACGAUUGAUGUUACUGUUAAUAUUCGAACGCAAUCGAUUAGAUUUAUACCUGGCUUUUGGCAAGAAUUCAAAUGGGGUUGGAUACAAUAUCUUUCGUUUCUUUUACCAUUCAUUUACAUAUUUCAUCGUGUCAAAAGAUUCGUUUUUCAAAAUCAACUUGUGCGAACAUCGGUCGAAGUACCGUAUCAUCGGUGUAAAACUUGA